AUGAAGAACCUGAUGAAAGACACUAUUGGUAAGGCAAAACUUAAUUUUGAACAGCUUCGAACAAUUGUAACAGAAACUGAAGAAAUCGUCAACAACCGACCCCUGACGUAUAUAAGCACUGACAAAUUUUAUUUCUCUCCAUUAACGCCAGCUGACUUUCUGAUUGAAUCCCGAGGGUGCAAUUCAGAACCACCAGAAAGAGAGCCUAAUGCGGACUUACUACGAAGUACCUGGGAGCAUCGGAUGCGAUAUACUCAGAAGUUGAGAAAAAGAUGGCAAUCGGAGUAUUUCCAACUUUUACGCUCUUAUCACAACUCGCCUAAGAAGGGGUCUGAAUACAACCUUAAAGAAGGAGACGUUGUUCUUGUCUUCGACCAAGCAUCUCCACGAAUCAACUUGAAGAUGGCCAUCAUAGAACAAGCAUUCCAAGGAAGAGACUCGAAGGUUAGGUCUUGUCAAAUUCAUUUACCUGAUGGAAAACAGUUCCGACGUCCAAUUCAGUUGCUUUACCCACUUGAUGUUCAACCUUGCCCCUCCGAGGAUGUUGAAAAUUAA